AUGAUCUUCCACAUAGGACCAACGAAGCCUGCCCUGGUGGUGCUUUGCUGUAUAGGAACCUGGCUGGCAAUCUGCAGCUUAUCCUUUGGUGCACCAACACCAGAUCAGAUAAAAACUAUACUUGAAAGAUUGAGGCACGAUUCUAAGCAACUUUACGAAGAUUAUAGCAAACCCUUGGGAGAUGGAGUGUCAGUAAACGAGUCACUACAGCUGCCAUGCUUCACUUUGGGCCGUGGAGCAUCAGCCAACAUCUCAGUCCUCAAGGCCUAUCUGGAGAAGGUCAAAGUGUUGGACGAGAACAGAACAGAUACUUACAAUGUCACAAAACGGCUUGAAGACAUCAGCUGCACUACGCCACUGGGAUUAAACAUUUCUGGGCCUGGUGCUUCCAAGUUUCAUGAAUACAAAACCUUUAUACUGACUGUUUUAAAACAGUUCGCAGACUGCAUGGCAAAACUGGAGUUUAAGAACAGUGUAUGCUGA